AUCAGCGACAUUCUUCCUGGCGACGUGCCGUCCAGUUCUAGUAGAGUGAUUCGUGGCCGGGCCCCACAACUACGAAGUUCUUCGUUGUGUCUACAGAAAUACAAUCGACUUGAGGAAGAUUUUCAGCCACGAUUCUUUCAGAUACCUGCAACGUAACAACAACGAAUAAAAUGGAGCCCUUCGAUGGUCAUGGUGAGUUGCCGCAGGAACAGGAAGCUUAUCCCGAUGGCGUGCCUCCGCCUGCGGCCGGUGAUACUGUAGCAGAGGGACCGGCCGACAUAGAGAUGGAACAAGCGGACGACCAGGAGAUGAACAUGAACCUCCUCAAUCACGACGGCUCUCCUGGUGCCGCCUCAGGGGCAUUCGCAUUCGCCUCUGUCAAAAAUAGCCAGAACCAAGAACAAGCUUCACAUCACUCCGGCGCCUCGGAGCUCGUCGCGCUGUUCAAUAUUAGCGCCG